CAGCUCCCAAAAGAUUUGCGGAUGUUGCCAUCACGCAACCCGAAGACAUUUUCAUCAUGACUCCUUCCCUUUGUGCAACAGUGAAAGCGUGCAAAUAAGGUUAAAUCAGGUCAAGUCCAAGCCCAUUACUACCGUUGACUUUUUUCUCCGACUGCACGAUGGUCAACCUUUGCUGUCUCUGCUGCGGUGAAAUCCCACAACCCCGCCCCCCUCGCUCGGGACCACCACGGGAUCCCCCCAUCAUCACGAUGCAGCUGCAGACCACCAGCACUACCACGAAGAGCAGAUUGGGAAAGCGAGCCGAGGGGGAUACUAACGCACGCGCAUGCACGAGAGGACAAGCCGACCAAACGGAGUGAUCGUGCACUUGCCUCCUGACAUGCAAGAAGUGCAGGAUGCUCUCCUCCGACCUGGACUCUGCGGAAGACAGCGAGGCCAGCGCGCUCAAUGAUGCCGAGGAAGAGGAGCAGGAAGCGGACACUCCAGCCGAGAGUGAUGUGGGGGAGCAGCGUCCAGCCAAGCAGUCUUUGGGUGCCUGCGUGUGCCGCGAAUCUCACUGGCGCUGCUUGCUGCUCUCCCUGCUGAUGUACAGCUGCCUCGGCGCAGUCAGCUGGUGCCAACUAAGCCGCGUCACCAAGAUCAGCUUCAACUCGGCCCUCACCUUCACGGCUUCCUUCUCCUCGUCCUUGCAGAGGGGACACCACCCCGGAGGUCACUCCAUGAUCUACCACGACAGCCCUUGCUCAGACGGCUACAUCUACAUCCCUUUGGCCUUCCUUCUCAUGCUCUACAUCUUGUACAUGGUAGAGUGCUGGCAUUGCCGGGCCCGCAGCGAGCUCCAGUGCAAAGCGGACGUGGACAACGUCUACGAACGCGUGGCGCAAAUGCGGCAGGCGGAGCCGUGCAUUUGGUGGAAAGCCAUAAGCUAUCACUUUGUGCGCAGGACGCGUCAAGUGACCCGCUACCGCAACGGGGACGCCUACACCACCACGCAGGUGUACAACGAGAGAGUCAAUACGCACGUGGCGGAGGGCGAGUUCGACUACGGUCGCUGCGGGAUGAAAGACGUGUCCCGUGAUCUGAGAGGGUUGGAGGAGCAUCCGACGACUCGCCUGCAGUUCACCAAAUGUUUCAGUUUCACCGAGGCGGGGCCGGAGAACGAUUACCUCAACCAGCGGGCUCGGUUCUUCUCGGAAAUCGAAGGUUUGGAUGAUUACAUGGAGGCCAGGGAGGGGAUGCAGCUCAAGAACGUGGACUUCAGGGAGAACCUUAUCGCUUUCGUGCAUCCGGAUAAGAUGCCUUGGUACACCUCGCAAGUAGCCUUCUGGCUAGCUGCUCUCUUUAUGCUCUCGUGGCCUCUGAGGGUGCUUAUCGAGUACCGCACGGCGUACGUGCACUAUCGCGUUGAGAAACUGUUUGGAAUGGACUACAUUUGCAGCAGUGACUCUCCUCUGGAUGAAGAUGGGAACGUUAGCUGCGCUAUUCCCAGAGUUGACACGCUGGACAGCACGGAGUUGGAGUGGCAUAUUCGCUGCAACCGCCAGGUGAUUCCUAGUUACUCCGAGGCUAUGCUGAUCAACAUGAGCGCGGCCGACUCGCCGCUCGGCACUGAAUGCACCACGUCUUCCAACUGCUAUCUCCUGGAUAGCAGCCCCACCACGCAGAGCUACGGGGCCCUCCAGUCGGGGAGGGAAGGCGGACGCGGUAGGACGAGGAGGAGGACCGUCACUAGCUCCAGCUGCUCUUCUCUCUUCUCCUGCCAGGGAAACCGCUUCCGAUCCCGCCUUUCAUUGGCCACGUCCCGCUUCUCCUUGUGCCGCAUGUACGGGUCGCGUCGCACGGUGGCGCUAUGGAGGAGCCGCAGCAGCAACAUGACGGACCCCUGCUGCGCGGACGAGCAGGGGCGCCAGUCGGACUCAAGCCAGCUGGCACUCAGCGACAGUCCGCCUAAUUACAGCGAUGCGAGAUUCUUCCCGGUGCUGAUAGUGCAUGGACCUGACGGGUGUGGGGGCGAGGAUGGCGCAGGGGGGCAACAGCAUUGUUACAUACGACGGGGCUCGUCAUGUGUGGAGACAGCCCUGUGAGGAAGUGACUUGAUUUAUGUAAAUACAGAAACAUAGGAAAAUGGACUUUUGAUAAAUAUCUUUCCAAAAUUUAGGCAAUAAUAAUUUUGAAACCUGCCAUGAAAAACAGAUAAACCAUCAUAUUUUUUUUUUCUAUGGUCAACCACACUUGACGAGAUAUUAUUUCAUUCAUAUUUGUCUUGUGCCGUGUUUGGCGAAAACACUGUUACUCACACUGUACUAAUAUCAGCCGAAAUUUGCGCUACCAGGAACUGAAUUUGGAGAGUUAAACUGAAUUUGAAUUAGGGCUGCAGCUAUUGAUGAUUUAAGUAAUCAAUUACCGUAUUGGCCCGAAUAUAAUACGGUGUUUUUUGCAUCGAAAUAAACAUUAAAAAAGAGGGGGUCGUCUUAUAUUCGCGGUCUAGACAUUAUAACCAUUCCCGACGCUAGAUGCCACAAGAUAUCAUUGAAGCGAUGUUCUGUCAUGACAGAUCUCAGCUACUCUUUUUAGUUUAACCAGUUUGCAUUAUUUUUAGGCUUGUUCCGAUCAUGGUUUUUUGCUCCCGAUCCAAUCCCGAUCGUUUUAGUUUGAGUAUCUGCCGAUCCCGAUAUUUCCCGAUCCGAUGCUUUUUUUUUUUUUUUUUUUUUGUGCUCCCGAUUCAUUCCAAUCAUUCCCGAUAAUUUUCCCCAAUCAUAUACAUUUUGGCAAUGCAUUAAGAAAAAAAGGAAUAAAACUCGGACAAAUAUAUAUACAUUCAACAUACAGUACAUAAGUACUGUAUUUGUUUCUUAUGACAAUAAAUCCUCAAGAUGGCAUUUACAUUAUUAACAUUCUUUCUGUGAGAGGGAUCCACGGAUAGAAAGACUUGUAAUUCUUAAAGGAUAAAUGUGACUUUGUAUAUUGUGACUAAAUAUUGCCAUCUAGUGUAUUUGUUGAGCUUUCAGUAAAUGAUACUCUAGCCGUUUAACUGUUCUGCCCAAAUGCAUGAUGGGAAGUGCAACCAUGACUGUGCGUAGUGGUACCAAUUGAUAUAUCUUCUCUGCGUUGGGAAGUAACAUAGGGUGUUAAGGAAAAGAUCAACCACUACCGUUCUUCCCCACAUUGCUUCCCACGAUAUUUCUAAUUAUUGAGACAGGGAUUUUAAGGCUUUAGCCAAUUAAAAAGAGGCUCCAAAGACUGCCAAAAUUCUCUCUACUCAUUUUACGCUGCCUGUUAGCUCUAUAUACAGGUAAAACGGCACCAUUAUAGAUUGAAUGCGACAAUGCUUGAGUGGGUCGUGCAGCGCAUGCGUUAAUUGCAUUAAAUAUUUUAAUGUGAUUAAUUUUUUAAAAAUUACGCGAUAAAUUUGAUAGCCCUACUUUAAGCCAAAACUAAAGACUCUGGAUGAAUGUAAGACAUUUUGUCUGUAACGUUAAAUACAAUUAGAAAAUGAUUUAAUUAAAAAAUAUAAAUAUAUUAAAAAAAGGCAUGUCCGAUAUUUUUUUGCCGAUUCCGAUACUUUGAAAAUGACGUGAUCGGACCCGAUGCCGAUCGAUCGGGACAUCUUUAAUUAUUUUAUUAUGUUUUUCCUUAUUCAGAUUUGUUUCAAGACUACAGUUACAGUUAGACUUCACUUUAAGGGUUAAUGCAGUUAUUGCAAUUUUGUUGUUUUAUCACAAUAGAUUGGUUUGUUUACAUUUCAAAAACCAGAAGCCAUUCAUUCACGAAUGUGAUUGCACUUUAGUUUACAUAUUUAAAUGUUCAGAUAUUAAGAUUUGAAUGAGGCAAAAUAACAUGCUUUUUCUCUCAAAUAUAUUGUAAUAAUCAUUGGUUUCGGAUGUACUGUCAUUAUUUUCUGUAUAAAAAUUAAUUUGGUGUUCAAAAAAGUCUUUUUGUCAAACUUGAGUCUUGAAAAAGAGGGGGUCGUCUUAUAAUCAAGGCCGUCUUACAUUCGGGCCAAUACGGCAAUCCAUCGAUUAAUUAGUUCGAAUAAUCAGGUAAUCGGAUUACGAACAUUUGCAGAAUAAAUUUUAGGAGAUAUAAAUAAAGAAACAAGUGCCUGCAAUAACAUUUAGUUUUGCUGGCUAAGAUUGGACUCUCAAAAGAGCAUUAAUGUGAAUACAAAAUAAAAUUCCUGAUUUUUUCUUAAAACUAUGCAGAAUUGCACUUUCAUUUCACAAGAGCAAUAAAUGCAACCAAACCUAUGUUAAAAUAUCUCUGUUUAGCAAACAAACAAAUGAGGAUCUAAGUACAACAAAAGAACAAUUGGCAAACCUGCAAAAGUCGGCUAGCUUAAAUGCUAUGAAAUGCUGACAUUUUUUUCCCCUCAAAGCUCUUAACAAAUCAUUCAAACACAUAUUUCCACAAAAAAACUGCCAAUUAUACUUCUCAACUAACUCAUAAAUGCAUAAACAAACAUAAUAGCUCAAACAAAAACAUACUUUAUGUUGGUCUUAACAGUAUGGAGCCCCUAAAGGGACAUAGACAGAAAUAAAACAAAUUUUAGCAAUCUGGUGCGCACCAGAUAAACAUUAGCAUUAUAUAGCAUUUAAGCUAGCGGACUUUUGCCAUGCAAGUUAGCAAGUUAACCCCUUUUGUACUGUUUAUUGUCUGUUUUCAGUUGUGGUUGAAUACUUGGGGCGAGUUUAUGUGAUUGUUUUUGAUGAUGUGCGGACGCUAAUUGAUACAUGCUAAUCUAUUGUUAUUGCUGUAUCAGCAGCUACUUGUAAACACAAAUUUGAAUUGCCGUUAUUGAAGAUAUGACUGAUUUCAUUUCAUUUUAGUUUCAUUCUGCAAGUGUUGAUGUCAUGAGCAAAUGAAUAAAGUCAG